UCAGCUGCGGGGGAAAAUCAACACAACACAAACACUGACGCCGAAACGGCUGUUGUUGUCGGCUGAGAAUUUGACAUUUCUGCGAUGGACGCCCUAAAACUUUGCCGAUUUUGCCACCAAAAGGGUCAGAUCGAUUUGAACCAAGACAAAUCGGGUGAAUUAGUGAAGAGAAUUAAACUGGUCGUUUCAUUCAAGUUUGAGCUUCGGCCGGAGCUGUCCACUCUACUCUGCAAGGAAUGCUUCAAGGAUAUUAAGACGUCUUACGCGUUUCAGAUGAAAUGCCUGAAACACGAAAACCUUAUGCGGAAGAGAGCAAAACUCCUGGCCCCUGAGGUCAAGGUUGACAGUUAUUCGACUGAUGUCAACGAAUCCAAUACCACCUCAUUGCUUUCGGACUCGGGCCUGCAAGUUCUGCGACAGAACAUCAAACAGCUGAACGAUCAAAUCGCUACAAUGAAGCAGGAUAAAAUCCUUUUCGUGGACAAAAUAAAAAUUCUCGAGCAGGAGAGGGAUGACCUGAAGAGAUCUUUGAUGCAGUACACCAUAACCCUACCUGAUAUUACGAAAAACAUAUCGAGCCUGUUGUCCCGCAUGGAGCAGCAGUUCGUCAACAUGAACACUCGCAUAAUUCCUGACAAUUACGUGGAGACGAGAGCCAGGAGUCCCAUUGUCUCGAUUUCAGUAAACCAAAAGUCCUGCGAUUUGGACGAUGAAAUGGUUAUUGGAGACAUGAACGAAGAUGAGGAUGAGGACGAGUUGCUGCUGCAAGGUGUCACGACAAUUUGGGAUCCAAGUGCACACAAAUCUAAUUUUUAUACAGUCCUUGUGGCAAGACGACCGAUAACUUAGGAUCGGUGAAAGAAAACUAAAAAAUGUAUUAAGUGUGGCACAUGACUGUUGUAAUAUUUUCAUAAACAAAACACUGCCAAUAACCUCUA